AAGUUCUGCAGUCGACGGGUCACAAUAUGGCGACAAACCUUCGUGUGCAGAGUGGGCUUGGCUUCAUACACUUGUAAAACAUCAUCGCCAUUCAUGUAAACACCAGGGUGAAAACCUAAACAUUUGAUAUAUCUUCAGGUAAAGCAUGGCCCUACCAGAGGAUGUAGACGAUGCCGACAGAAAUCAGGAAGCAGUGACUGGUAAUGGCACUGCUGGAGGAGCCCGAGAUGGCCGUCACCCUAUAUCGACCACGGAUGCAUUUGCUGGUGAGCUGCCUGAAGGCAGUAAUGCUCACACACUUUCUUGUCAGGCUGUACUAGGUUUAAUUGGUCAGAGAGUAACAUCUGUCACUGGUUCAGAGGACCUGGACGUAUUCAGCAAGAACUCAGUCGCGCAACAACUGGGAAGCCUUAGCAUUUCUACACAGGGAGCUAUUACACAAAAUGUUGAGAAGGACAAUGAGAACGAGCAUGCUAAUGAAGUGGCAUCAACUGUCAGAGCUAGAGAAUGUUUUGCAAGUUCGACAGAAAACCCAGAUGAAGCUCUAACCGCUCCGUCACUUUCACUUGACAGUUUGAAAUCGAGCUUGCCUCCGGCCUCAGUACAGAGAGAUACUAUUGUAGUGAGGAAAGGUAUGGAGGAUGAUUCCAAGGUCAAGGGUGCAUGUGCCACAACGGAAAGAGGAUUUCAGUGUGACAUGAGCUACUUUGGUGAAACCAAACAGCAUCAACAGCACCAACAUCACCAAGACUUGACAUCUGGCUAUGUUAGCGAAUGUACACAAACGCAAACGAACGGCAGGUUGACCAACAGCCAUUGUCGGUCCAGGGAGAGCAGGGUGAACACUAUUUCUUGUCGUUCAAAAGAGAGCAAGCCAAAGAAAUCCAGAGAACGAUGUACAUCAAAUUCUGAGUUCCUACAACUGUCAGCAGAAGGGGUUAAAGAGCUCUUGCUAAUGUCAGGCACCCAACGUAAAGCGGUGCAUAAGGACUAUCACAGUUUUGUGUGGAGACUCCAGUCAUUCAAAGACUUCAGUUGUGUUUACGGUGUGAAGAAGGAUAUCCUAGCCCUUGCAGGGUUCUUUUACUCAGGGUUUGGAACAGUAACAUGCUAUCACUGUGGGUGUUCCCCGAGGAUCUGGACAGAAGGAUCUGAUCCCAAACAUCUGCACUGGCAAUGGGCCCCAAAAUGUAGAUUCAUCCGUCCCUUUGCGAAGAGGUUCUCGUGAGAUAGUUGAUAUCCAAACUGCUGACUAUGGAUGGAUGCCAUACAGUUUGUUUCAGACAGGAAAACAAGUAUAUAACUCUUUAGGGUCCAUAUAUGGGGUUCCAUGCCAUUGUGAAACGACAUUUACAUUUCAAAAGGAUACCACCUAAUGAUGGCAAGAAUAUCAUAGAUAUUUACAAUAGAUAUAAACUUGAUUAUUCCGCUUAUGUGUUCUGUUACUGCUGUAAUAUUCUAGCUUCACUGUAUGCGAACAACAAUGUUUGUGAAUAUUGAGGAAUCGUAUUGCACUGUAGCUUUAACAAGAUAUGUUACAUUUUAUCUGCAUGAACAUUAGCCUAUGGAUUUGUAAGCUCGAUAUUCGUAAUAUAUUCCUGUUCAUUUAGCCGCAAUAAAUUUAUUAAAUUGUU